CCUCACUCUUCCACAAAAACAUACACAACUUUUUCUUUCUUUUUUUCUCCCCCAAGCAAACGACACUCAUUUUGUCACUUCUCUCUAACCAGUCCUUGAUCAUGGCAAAGGACAAUGAAGGACACCAAGGAGGGUACGGGGCCAAGGACUACCAAGACCCUCCGCCGGCGCCACUCAUCGACGCGGAGGAGCUAGGGCAGUGGUCCUUCUAUAGGGCGAUCAUAGCCGAGUUUGUGGCCACUCUCUUGUUCUUGUAUGUCACUGUUCUCACAGUCAUUGGCUACAAGAGCCAGACCGAUGCAGCCAAUGGCGGCGACGGCUGCGGCGGCGUCGGCAUUUUGGGAAUUGCCUGGGCCUUCGGUGGCAUGAUCUUCAUCCUUGUCUACUGCACUGCCGGCAUCUCCGGAGGACACAUAAACCCGGCAGUGACGUUUGGGCUAUUCUUGGCGAGGAAGGUGUCGUUGGUCCGAACCAUUUUGUAUAUAGCGGCUCAGUGCUUGGGGGCCAUCUGUGGCUGUGGCCUCGUCAAGGCCUUCCAGAACUCUUACUACGACAGGUACGGCGGUGGAGCCAAUUCUCUCGCCGAUGGCUACAGCAACGGCACCGGAUUAGCUGCCGAGAUCAUCGGCACAUUUGUUCUCGUCUACACCGUUUUCUCCGCCACCGAUCCCAAGAGGAGCGCUAGGGAUUCCCAUGUUCCCGUCUUGGCACCACUCCCAAUUGGGUUUGCAGUGUUCAUGGUUCACCUGGCAACAAUUCCCAUCACCGGAACCGGGAUCAACCCUGCUCGGAGUUUCGGCGCCGCGGUGAUUUACAAUAAGGACAAACCAUGGGAUGACCACUGGAUUUUCUGGGUGGGACCCUUCAUUGGCGCUGCAAUUGCUGCCUUAUACCACCAAUACAUUUUGAGAGCAGCUGCUGUUAAAGCUCUCGGAUCAUUCAGGAGCUCUUCCCACACUUAAUCUCUCUAAUAAUUAAGGGAAAAAUAUUUGGAAGACACAAAAAAUGCUUUGGGAAUGGUGUAUUAUGUAUAUUGGCUUAAGUACUAGUGGUAAUUUGGUGUUUCUCUUUGUAUUGGGCCACUUGUUUUAAAUGUGUCCCCUAAAGCUGCAUUUUCUUUGCCUCUUGUCUUUUUCUGCGUCUUUUUCUUUUCAGUGUUGUGUACUAAUCAUGUUUAUCACAAGAAUUAAUGAUCAGAAAAUUGUGUUGUUUU